AUGACGAAAGGGUGGUCCGAAGAAAAAUUGUCUGGACAACAGAAAAGAAUGGACCAGCCUCUGCUAAGAACAGCUGCUGACCUGGAAGUGGAGAGAUUUGGUGUUGUGUUGAUUGCUUACAACCUGGCCGCUCCCUCCUACAACCUGGCCGCUCCCUCCUACAACCUGGCCGCUCCCUCCUACAACCUGGCCGCUCCCUCCUACAACCUGGCCGCUCCCUCCUACAACCUGGCCGCUCCCUCCUACAACCUGGCCGCUCCCUCCUACAACCUGGCCGCUCCCUCCUACAACCUGGCCGCUCCCUCCUACAACCUGGCCGCUCCCUCCUACAACCUGGCCGCUCCCUCCUACAACCUGGCCGCUCCCUCCUACAACCUGGCCGCUCCCUCCUACAACCUGGCCGCUCCCUCCUACAACCUGGCCGCUCCCUCCUACAACCUGGCCGCUCCCUCCUACAACCUGGCCGCUCCCUCCUACAACCUGGCCGCUCCCUCCUACAACCUGGCCGCUCCCUCCUACAACCUGGCCGCUCCCUCCUACAACCUGACCGCUCCCUCCUACAACCUGACCGCUCCCUCCUACAACCUGGCCGCUCCCUCCUACAACCAAUCCAAAAUGUCUGCACCUUUCUUCUACCCCUAA